CUCAGCCAACCACCCCCCUCCCUCCCCCAUCUUUUAUAUAAAUAUAAUACACAUCUCUCACUCCUCACCCUCACGUUACUCACAUGCCCACAUCAUUAUUAUUAUCACCAUUUGUUUGCUAGUAUUAUCCCCCUAACACCAUUUCCCACCAUUGCUCAUCAUCACCUCUCCUUCUCUCUCUCUCUCUCUCUCUCUCUCUCUCUCUCUCUCUCUCUCUCUAGAGAGUUUAGAGUUUAGAGUUUAGAGGCAGAGGCAUUCAUUGAUUGCAAUGAGGAUGCCUCUUUCUCUCUCUCUACAUUGAGAGCAGGGAGACCCCUCCUCUGUUCCCUUCCUUAACUCCAUUUUACCAACAAUACCAUUCAAUUUUCACCACCCAAGAAUCAAAGAUAAGGGUAGAGAAAGAGAGAGAGAGUGUGUGUGUAGAGAGAGAGAGACUAGUAUUAUAUAGAGGGACCACAACAUUUAUACUAUUGUCCUGUUAUAUAUCCAGGAGAGGGAGGGGGGGGUCUCAUCCAUCUUGUGAGUGGAGUGGAGUUAGAGAUGACUCUGCUCACCUGGGUGGCUGUUAUACUCUGUGGGGCUUCCCUGCUGCCCCAGCGAGAUGGUGGUGGUUCUGAUGCUGCCAUGGUGAAGUUCUCGAGAGCUCCGCCGCCGCUCUCGGCUUCGCCGUCGGCCGCAUUUGCCUUCGAGGGUAGGGAGGGUGGGAAUGGGGGGUUUUGCAGCAACUGCUAUUUCAGCUGCAAGUUAGACAACUACAGUUCAUCAAGCUGCAACUCUACAGAAGUUACGUACACAGGAUUGCACGAUGGAAACCACACAUUCGAGGUCUGCAUGAAUGGAUCUCGAGGAGCUGUUUGUGCUGCACAUAAUUGGGUUAUUGACACGGUUCCUCCGACGGCAUAUGUUAGUACUUCAUCAUCAUUUACAAAUGCGUCAAAUGCGUCAGUAUAUAUUACCUUCAGCGAACCUUGUUCUGGUGGAGGUGGUUUUAGAUGUUCUGAAAGUGACUGCGAUCUUCUUGUCUACGGAGCUGGUCAUGUUAUACCAUCUACCCUCGAGAUUUUACAGCCCGGCCUGGAAUAUUCUCUUGUUGUGGGUUUCUCUAACACUGUUGAGUAUGGACGAUUAGUACUUGUGAUGGAUAAGAACUUUUGUACAGAUGCAGCGGGAAACAGGUUUACAAGAACACCAAACUCAAGUUUCACUUUACAUUUUGAUCGAAGAAAUGUCCUUAUGAAUAUAACAACUGGCAUCCCUCCAAAACUCCUUCAACUUAAUGGCAUGAUGAGAACAGUUGAAGCGACCAACAACGAAAACAACCUAAGGAUUUAUUUGUCUUUCUCAGCGCCAGUCCUCAAUUCAUCUACAGAAAUUUUGAGAGUUCUCCGUACGAGUAGUGGUUCACUUUCUCCAACUUAUAGAAACAGUCUUGGGAACCACCGAUUUGGUUACAUAGUGGAGAACAUUUCGAGCAUGGCUAUUGUGACUAUAAGCUGUGAUACAAGUUCUAUAAUCAGCAGACAGGGGACUCCGGUUUCUUCGCCAGAUCCUUUCACAUUUCUUUAUGAUGCUCAGAGGCCUUCAGUCAAGCUUACAACCUCUCAAUUGAGGACCAGAGAACACAGUAUACCGGUGUUGGUCAAGUUCGUUAAACCUGUUUUUGACUUCAAUUCCUCAGCAAUAUCGAUUUCUGGCGGACAACUGUUGAGUUUUCAUGAAGCAAGUAAGAGCAUAUAUGCAGUACAAAUACAUGCCCGUGAUAAACUCAUUUCAGUAGAGGUUGCUGAAAAUGCAACUCAGGAUGUUGCUGGAAACAAGAAUCUAGCAUCAAAUCUUCUGCAAGUGAGGCAUUAUACUAUGCCUGCUUUAUCUUUGGUGGUUUCUGUUAUUACGACUGUCGUAUUUCUAGCAACAGCAAUUAUAUCAGCAGUAUUUACUGUUUCAACUUCAUCCCUUAUAUCAUCUGGAGUACACUCAAGACCAGCCACUUAUAGGGUAUCCGAACCAUCAAGAAGUCUUGUGAGAAUUGCAUGCUUCAUCCAGGUCUUUGCACUGUCUAGAUGGUUAGUAGCUAACUUGCCAAUUGAAUACUAUGAGUUUGCAAGAGGUGUGGAGUGGACCAUUCCUUACUUCCGUCUUCCAUGGGAAUCUGAUACGGCUGAUUCAUUAACGGGGUAUCCGACCUUUCCUAUUGUAGCAUUCUCAGAACUACUUGAGAGUACAAAGUUGAAGACCACUAAACCCUUGGAAAUAGCAAAAAAAGAGUUGCACACGGAUGCAUCUUUAUAUGAUGCGCCGCUAACUCCAAUGGAAUACAGGUCAUUCCUUGAGAAUCAGAAUAUGAAGCCUGAACCCGUUAUCAUGGCUUCACAGAAUUUGAAUGGGUGGAGUCACUUUGGUAGGAACAUGUUCUGGUUAGCUGUAAUUGGCGGCGGCUUGGUUUUGCUGCAUGCUACUAUUCUUUUUGUUCUCAGAUUAAGGAAGAAUGACUCGGAGAAACAAAGAGACUUUGGGGCACUCGUCUUCCCAAGAUUUGAAGUGUUUCUGAUCAUACUUGCGUUGCCGUGUGUCUGUCAAGCAUCUGCAGCUUUAAUUAGAGGGAGAAGUGCUGCAGGCAUCAUAGUUGGAGUCAUACUGCUCGGUAUCAUAACAUCUCUUCUUAUAUCCUUACUCUUGUUCCUCUCACUCGGCAUCACGAUGGCCAAGCUUCUUCAGUACAAAGAAGUCCAUCGGGAGGGGCAGGAAUUCCAUUGGUAUCAAGAGAUCAUCCGAAUGAUUUUGGGCCCCGGUAAAAGAGGCCAAUGGACUUGGAAAGCCGAACACGACCCGACCUGCCUAACAAAAUUCGGCCCAUUGUUCGAGGACCUUCGGGGCCCGCCGAAGUAUAUGCUGUCGCAGUUUUCCGGCGAGAGUAGUCGAGGGAAAAGGGAGGAUCGGAUCAUCGCCUCCGAGGAUGAGACGGAGGACGCGGAGGCCCCUUUUAUCCAAAAGCUCUUUGGCAUCCUCAGGAUAUACUACACAUUCCUCCAAUCUAUUAAACGAGUUGCUCUUGGGGUCAUGGCUGGGGCCCGCUCACCGGACAGCUCUUCAAAGGUCCCGACGCUCAUUAUUCUAUCUAUCACUUCUUUCCAACUUUUCUUUCUUAUACUGAAAAAGCCAUUCAUCAAGAAAAGGGUGCAGUUUGUUGAGAUCAUAUCAGUAGCUAGCGAGGUGGGUGUUUUCGGUUCAUGUCUUAUUCUCUUAGAAAAAGAUUUCUCUGAUUCCGGAGAGAGAAGAGUCGGGUUCUUCAUGUUGGCGGCAUUUGUCUUGGGAUAUACUGCUCAAAUUAUCAAUGAGUGGUACGCAUUGUACCGACAGGUUAUUCUACUGAGUCCCGACAAGAACUCAUUCUCUAAGGGAUUGAAGGCAAUUCUCUAUGGGCUUGUAAUGAUCGCAGUACCUGCAAAACUGUCGAGCGAGCUGCUGAGCCAGCAAUUAUCUUCUACUUCUCGCGAAGGAGAUGGCGGACUUUCUGUUAAUUCUCCAAGUGAUGGUCAAAUGAGAAGGAGCUCCGGUACGAGCGAGAGGUCGUGGAUAAGGCAACUGAGGGAGUUAGCGAAGGCCAGCUUCUCCAGAGAUGACGGAGGUGUCUCUGUUGAUGAUCCUUCGACUAGCAACCAGCCGAGAAGAAGCGGCUUCGGCUUCUGGAGCGGCAAGAGGAGCAGAAGCUCCUCUGUGCCAUCGUCGUCGGACUUCAAGGCAAAGGGAGAUGUAAAAGGAAAAUCAAGGGGGUUGUACAAAGACUUGGAGGCUAUUUUCUCCUCCUCCAAGUGAGGUUGGCUACCCUACUGGGUAGUUAAUGUGUUUGCUUAUAUUCAUCAGUUCCAAACUAGCUUUUGAAGGUAAAUAGUGAUUAAAGAUUGCCCGAGCAAAGGAAGUGUUUUAGUCGAGUAAUCAAUUGAUAUCUGUAAGCUCGAAGAUUUUUCGCGAUUCUAGUAUGUGCAUAUUUUUCUCUUUUCGAUAGAGGUGGUUCUAAUUGGUCUUGUUGUUAGUCCUUGUAUUUGGCUCUAAUUGGUUUUUACCGAUUCGAACGAUGAUUUGUGUUGAAUUUUGUGCUGAAUUUACCGGAAAUUCUGAAAUGGAAUGUCAUUAUGUAA